GAACAUCAUGAUUGGCUUACAAUUUCAAAACAUUAGAUGGUUCGUUUCUCGUCGAUAAGCAACCUGGUUCUAUUUGCUUUCAAAAUAGUCUUCGCGAGAAAGGAGAGAGAACGCCAAUUCCAAUAGUAAAGAGUCCACAACAGCACAGGGUAUAACAAGAGACAAAAUGAUGUUACCGACGAUGAAGAUUAAAGACAUGAAAAAACUGCGCGUUACUGCAGUGGUCAGUGUUGUUAUCGUGACCGUUCUGUUCAUAGCAGCGAUUCCAUGGCGAAAAGUCCAUGACCCAUAUUCUAACCGGUUUAGCGGACACGGAAAAAAUUGCACCGAUGCUAAUGACGAAUGUGUAACAGGGAACCACACAUGUGACAAGAACGCCAGAUGCAAUAACACCAUUGGAUCGUACCAUUGCACAUGCAAUCCUGGGUUCAGUGGAGAUGGAAGAAAUUGUACCGACAUUGAUGAAUGUGUAACAGGGAACCACACAUGUGACAAGAAUGCGAGAUGCAACAACACCAUUGGAUCGUACCAUUGCACAUGCAAUCCUGGGUUCAGUGGAGAUGGAAGAAAUUGUACCGACAUUGACGAAUGUGUAACAGGGAACCACGCAUGUGACAAGAACGCGAGAUGCAGAAAUAACAUUGGCUCACACCAUUGCACAUGCAAGUCUGGCUUUUAUGGCAACGGCGCUUCUUGUGAUGAUAUUGAUGAGUGCCGAGAUGCAAGCCAUAAAUGCAGUCCCCAUGCGAUAUGUUAUAACACACUUGGGUCGUUUGUAUGUUCGUGCAAAGAUGGAUUUCGUGGUAACGGCGCUUAUUGUCAUGAUAUUAAUGAGUGCCGAGAUGCAAGCCAUAAAUGCAGUCCAUAUGCGAUAUGUCAUAACACACUUGGGUCGUUUGUAUGUUCCUGCAAAGAUGGAUUUCGUGGUAACGGCGCUCAUUGUCGUGAUAUUGAUGAGUGUAGAGAUGCAAGCCACAAAUGCAGUCUCCAUGCAACAUGUUAUAACACACUUGGGUCGUUUAGAUGCUCCUGUAAGGUUGGUUUCCACGGUGAUGGCAAAACUUGCCAUAGCAAUGUGGCAAAACUAGAACAUGGGUUUCAAGUCGAUUCGCCACCGACCCCUAAACAUUGGUGGCAUCACAUUGGUGAGAAGAUUAAAAGCUUUUUCAAGUGGCUAUUUGGAAACUAGUUAUGGAGGACCAAUGUUGCCUGUCCCUCCCCUCCCAUGGUUUUUAUGCUUGGGGCCAUAGUGGCAUUGAGGGCUUGGUCAAUCUAGCGUAGUCCAGCACAGCGAAUAGGGAGCGACAAUUAUUUAUAUCAGGGGAAGGGUAGCCCCUAACCCCCCCCCCCCCCCCCCCCCCCCGGGCCACUUCCUCAAUUUUAAAGCCGCAGUUUCACAAGUUUACUUCCGGUCGAUUACGUCACAAUCUCCGAUAAUUUUUAACGGCAAACGCGAAAAAUAUGUCAAAAUAUUGAAAGCGGAUGUGAUCGAUAAUUUAGAGCGGAUGGCCUGUUAAAUAUCUCGGAUUCUUUCCUACGGACCUCCGGAAGUAAACUGGUGACAAUGCGCCUUUAAAAUGGUCCUGAAUAUCAUUAUUUUGUAUGUAGUACGUUUAGUAGUUUAGUUUAGUAUUUUUUUUACUCUUUUCUUUAGAUUUGUUGAAGUCAUUACGAAAGGUAAAUAAUGUAAAUACGCAAACCAUUAUUUAAGUUUUUCAGUUGCGGGAAAAACAGGUUCGUUUCUGCAUAGCAUAAACAAAUUAAGGCUUCAAUCACUUUAAAAAAGGUUCGCAAAAAACUUAGACCUAAGCAAUAACAUAAAAUGAUGUAUAGAUUGGUAUAAAUCUCCAUUGCAGCAGUGUGUUAGCAAUAAAACGAGUACAACUAGGAUUUGGUUAUAUGUACAUGAAAUGUAUCUGGGUGUAUCUCAACUAUAAAUAAAAAAGCCCAAACUUAA